AUGGUAAUGGGAAUCAUCCGCGCAAGUUACUCCGCAUUCGUUAUCUCAGCUCGCAACUCCCCUGCAGCUGUGGCGCAUUUACUGAACAAGGUCGGCGUCAACUAUGUAUUGGUGGGAAACCAGCAGGCGUCCCAAGAUCUGGCAAAGGAGGCUCUCAGAUUGUUCCAGUCGCAGAAUCCGGCUUCAGACGUUCCUGGUAUUUUGCCGAUGCCAGCCUAUGCAGAUCUCUACUCAUCAUCAUCGGAGUACCCUUCCGUACAUGACCUCCCAGUUUCGCCCCCCGAUCUGGACGCACCCGCGCUCAUUCUACAUUCUUCAGGUUCUACCGCCUUUCCAAAACCAAUCACCUACACCAAUCGCCGCAUGAUCGAAAUUGGGUCGAUCCCAUAUUAUGGCGAGAUUGAUGUCGCCGGCCUGGUGUUUUCCCUCCACAUGCUGCCUAUGUUUCACGGUAUUGGUCUGAUGUCUAUAAUGUGGGCGACCACAAGUGGUAUUACGGUCUCCCUUUUCGCCCCCAGAUCCCCACCACUUUUCCCAACAGUUGAGACAGUCUUUCAAGCGGCCAAAGCGACCAACUGCGACGUCGUUGUCGCGGCUCCAGCAUUCCUCGAGUCUUGGUCUCGUGUCCCUGAAUGCGUCAGUUGGUUCACAACGAGAAAGUACAUUUGGUUUGGUGGUGGUCCGCUGAAUAAGGAAGUUGGAGAUUUUCUAUUGUCACAGGGAGUUCCUCUUUGCAUGGGCUAUGGCCAAACAGAGACCGGGAUCGUGUCGAUAUUCUUACCAGCCAAGAUACAUCCUGACUGGGAGUAUAUAAAAUUUCAGCGAAGAGUUACCACACACAUGUUGCCUCAAGGUGACAAUACGUUUGAGUUGGUAAUAGUGUCAAAUGAGCAAGAUCAUCCUUGUCUCAUCAACACCCAAGUUGAUGGCGUCGACGCCUAUACCACCUCGGAUCGCCUCUCACCGCACCCUUCCCUUGCUGGCUAUUGGAGGAUCGUAGGUCGUACUGAUGAUCUUAUUAUGCAUAGUACGGGAGAGAAGACAAUUCCAGGCCCUUUAGAGAGCAUCUUGAUGCAAGAUGAGCAUGUUGCAGGAUGUGUGAUGUUCGGCCGUGGGCGCUUCCAGACAGGAAUAUUAGUUGAUCCAAAGCCGCAGUAUGCGUUCGAUCCUGUGGACGAAGACAAACUAGUUCAUUAUAGGAAUAUAAUAUGGCCAACUGUUGAAAAGAUGAACGCCUAUGCCCCGCAACAUUCGAGACUAUUCAAGGAGAUGAUCUUGGUGACCAGCCCGGGAAAGCCUUUCGAGCACACCGCGAAAAGCACGAUUCGUCGUGCAGCUGUCAUUGCCAAAUAUGAUGACGAGAUAAAUGCAGCGUACGAUCGCGUCGAGGAGAGUUCUCAAUCCAACAUCCCGGCUCCUGUCAAUUGGGAUACAGAUAAUGCUCGUAGCUUCGUUCGUGCGGUGGUGCACAAGGUCCUUAAUCAUAAGGUCAAGGACGAGGAUGACGUGUUCAAUCAUGGCUGCGACAGCUUGCAAGCAGCGUGGAUCCGCAACACGCUAUUGAGGGCUCUGCGCGAUACAACAAAGGCUAAUGUUCGAAAUAUCACUGGAAACUUCGUUUAUGAGCGCCCUACAAUAGCACAACUGACGAAAUUCAUCGCCAAUGUUGCACUUGGUUCCGUAGGCAGUACUACGGCCAAUAUCCCGGCGCACAUAGAUGCGAUGCACGUUAUGGUUGCUAAAUAUACCAAAGACCUCCCUCGACGUGGUAUUAACGUGGCAGUAUCAGCUCGUGGGGACGUUGUUUUGCUUACUGGAUCGACUGGCGGUUUGGGUUGCUACAUCUUAGCCCAGACAUUGGCCGAUCCGAAGGUUUCUCGAGUGUUCGCGUUCAACAGAUCGUCGAGAGAUGGCGUGACCUUGCAAGAACGACAGCGUUCUGUUCUGGUCGCUCGUGGCCUUCCCGACCUGGUCAGUUCCGAGAAGCUGACGUUGGUGGAGGGUGAGCUCGCGGAUGAAAACCUCGGCAUUUCUGAUGAGUUGUACAAGGAGAUGCUUCAGUCGGUGACACAUAUCGUCCACAAUGGUGCGCUUCUUCCUCUAAUAAUCGCAAGUCUAUGGCCUUCUGAUCUACCAUAA